GCCUCCUCUGCUUUUGUCCCGCUCGCCUUGGGACCUGAGGGGUGGUGGUAGUUCGGGGCGGGGGGGGGGGGCACUCCGCCACCGCCGUUUCAUGCCCCGACCCCCUGCCAUCCCGCCUGCUGCUGGAUGCUUUUUCUUUCGGAGAAGGACUGCCACUGUUGAGUCUGUGGGAGUAUGAAUCAGCAGCAGCAGCAGCAGCAACAACAGCAGCAGAGAAUGGCUGCAGUUGGGACAGACAAAGAGCUCAGUGACCUGCUGGACUUCAGUAUGAUGUUCCCUCUGCCAGUGACUAAUGGAAAAAACAGACCUACGACCCUUGCAAGCACUCAGUUUGGAGGAUCAGGUUUGGAGGAGAGAACAGGAUCAGGGUCCUGGGGAGCAGGCGAUCAAAACAGCUCUUCGUUUGACCAAGGAAGGCAGGGCUAUGGGGAAGGGUCUCAUUAUGGGGAACACCGGGAUCUGGCAUCCCACAACAGCAUAUCUUCAUCAUCAUUCCUAGGAUCUGGACUUGUCGGAAAGAGCAGCGAGAGAGCCCCUUACUCAGCAUUUGGAAGAGACCCUGGGAUGCCGGGACUUAAUCAGGCUGGUUUCCUGUCCAGCGAGAUGGGACUCACCAGCCCGGGCCCACUGUCCCCAACGGGGGUGAAGGGAGGAUCCCAGUAUUACUCGUAUCCUAACAACCCUCGUAGGAGACCGGCCGACAGUAGCCUCGAUGGGCAGCCUAAGAAGGUUCGGAAAGUGCCUCCGGGGCUCCCGUCAUCGGUGUAUCCAGCCAACUCAGGUGAUGAUUACAGCAGGGAUCCUGCCGGAUAUGCUUCCUCGAAACCUCCCAGUACCGUGUAUCCCGCAGCCUUCUACAUGCCAGAUGGACUUCACAACUCAGCGGACCUCUGGAGUUCUUCAGGCCCCUUGAGCCAGUCGAGCUACGGAACCAUGCUCGGCAGCUCCUCCUCCUCCCUCCCUCCAACCGGCGGCUUCAGCAGCAUGCACCAGCACGAGCGGAUGAACUACCAGAUGCAUUCGGGAGAAGUGAACGGUGGACUUCCCUCCGUGUCUGGGUUUUCCUCAGCCACCGCCCCCUACGGUGUUUCUAGCCAUACGCCCCCGAUCAGUGGGACAGACAACAUGAUGGGAAACAGAGGGACUACGGCCGGGAGCUCAGGAGAUGCGCUUGGGAAGGCAUUAGCUUCAAUUUAUUCCCCAGAUCACUCGAGCAAUAACUUUUCUUCGAACCCCUCCACCCCGGUGGGCUCCCCUCAGGGACUCACAGGCACAUCGCAGUGGCCCCGUGCGGGUGCAUCUGGUGCCUUAUCUCCUAGCUAUGAAGGGACUCUACAUAAUUUACAAAACAAAAUGGAAGAUCAUCUGGACGAAGCCAUCCACGUCCUGAGGAAUCACGCUGUAGGGCAGACCAGCGACAUGCACAGCCUGCUGGGCGCCGGCCACAGCGGGGCGGUGGGCGGGCUCGGCCAGGGCUUCCCUGCCUCUGUCAUGCCUCUAGGCAACCGCCAUUCAAGCCUGGUGGGGAGUGGCCACCCAGAGGACGGCCUUGCCGGCAACACCGGCUUGCUGCACAACCACGUGUCUCUCCCCUCCCAGCCCGGCUCCCUUCCCGACCUGACCCGGCAGCCAGACACGUACAGCGGCUUGGCAGCGGGGCUGGGCAGAGCAAGUGUCUCUUCAGGCACAAGCGAAAUCAAGCGGGAGGAGAAGGAGGAUGAGGAGAACAUGUCCGUGGCCGAGAACUCCGAAGAGGAGAAGAAGGAGAUGAAACCCUCUCGGAAUCGAACAAGUCAAGAUGAGGAUGAGGAGGACGACCUUCUUCCUCCAGAGCAAAAAGCCGAGAGAGAGAAAGAGAGGAGGGUCGCCAAUAAUGCCCGCGAGCGCCUGCGCGUCCGCGACAUCAACGAGGCCUUUAAAGAGCUCGGACGCAUGUGCCAGCUCCACCUUAACAGCGAAAAACCACAGACCAAACUGCUAAUCCUCCACCAGGCUGUGUCAGUCAUACUGAACCUGGAGCAACAAGUCCGAGAGCGCAAUCUGAACCCGAAAGCCGCCUGCUUAAAGCGCAGGGAAGAGGAGAAGGUGUCCGGAGUGGUUGGGGACCCUCAGAUGGCACUUUCAGCUGCACAUCCUGGCCUGGGAGAUGGCCACAACCCCGCUGGACACAUGUAAAGGUCUGGGCUUUCCCGGGUUCUGAAGACCUGCUGCAGGAAGCUCCCUGAAACAAAACUUUCGUCUUGCUCACAGUGACGCCCAAACGGAAGGGGAUUCAGCAGGCCUUAAGGAGCAUUUACAAAAACAGAAAGAAAGAAACACUUUGUCAAAAAUUGCCUUAAGUAUAAAGUCCGGAAGAGUCAAUACAUAUCACUCAGUUAAGAAGGAGAGACGCUGUGUUAACAUGGCUUGUUCACAAGCAGCCAGCAGCAAAUUGUGCCUAAGCCUAAUAUUUCUUUUUUUAGAAAAAAAAAAAAAAACAUUAGUUAUGAGAUUUUUUUAUGUAGAAAAAAAUAGCGAUGCCUUUGGGUUUUUUUUUAGCUUCUUUUGCAUAUGUUUUGUAAGCAACAAAUUUUUUGUAUAAAAAGUCUUGUGCCCCAUGCUUUUCUGCUGCUGUUUCUAUAGUUAAACGUUGCAUCUCUACGAUUAACCAGAAUAUUAAAAGUUGUAUUAAAAAGAGACUGGA